CCCUGGCGGUCCACCCACGGUCCUACAAAUAAUUCGGCGUCUGCGGUUCCGUUCUGAGAAUUCCGCGUUUUUUUAAAUUCAUUUUCCGUUGCGAGUAGACCAUAUUCCAGCAAGAUGUCGAUGUUUUGGGGAUUGAACAUGAAGCCCGAGCGCAAGUACUCGCAGACGAUCAUCAAGUCGUUCCACAUUUCCGGCGUCGCCCUGGACAAGGGCCAGGAGGCCAAGUUGUAUCUGGCCGCCGAGAAGCAGGAGUACAUCGUGGCCACCGUGACCAAGGCCAUUCCCCAGGUGGCCCUGGACCUCAACUUCAGCAAGGGCGAUCGCAUCAUGUUCUACACUGCAGGUGACGCCAGCGUUUCUCUGCUGGGCUACUUGCACGACAUCGAUUCGGAGGAUGAGGACGAUGAGGAGUUCACCCUCGAGAAGCUGCUGAAGGGCAAGGAGGGCAAGAAGAGCAAAAAGGCGCAGCAAGAGGAUGAGGAGGAGAGCGGCGAGGAGGAGGAGGAAGAGGGCGAUUCGGACGAGGAUAGCCAGCUGAUUGGCGAAUACGAGUCCUUCCUCGAGAACGGAGGCGAUGAGGAUGACGACGAGAGUGGAGAGGAAGAGGAGGACGAUGACGAGAGUGGUGAGGAAGAGGAGGAGGACAGCGACGACUCCGAGGCGGAGGAGGAGCAGCCCAAGGCCAAGGUGGCCAAGCUGUCGCCCGCUGCCGGCGGAAAGAAGGCCGGCAAGGAGCAGAACGGCGUGGCCAAGAAGGAGGAGGCCAAGCAGCAGCAGCAAAAGAAGAAGGAGAAGCCCGAGGCCAAGAAGGAGCAGCCCAAGGCCAAGGAGCCGAAGGCCAAGCAGCCGGCUGCCGGAGGAGAGCGAACCCUCUCCGGCGGCGUGAAAGUGGUGGAUUCAGUGGCCGGCAAGGGCGACGAGGCCAAGCCGGGCAAGCGCGUCUCCGUCUACUACAUCGGCCGGCUGCAGUCGAACAACAAGACCUUCGACAGCCUGCUGCAGGGCAAGCCCUUCAAGUUCGCCCUGGGCGGCGGCGAGGUGAUCAAGGGCUGGGACGUCGGUGUCGCCGGCAUGAAGGUGGGCGGCAAGCGCCGCAUCACCUGCCCCCCGCACAUGGGCUACGGCGCACGCGGAGCUCCGCCCAAGAUCGGACCCAACUCGACACUCGUCUUCGACGUGGAGCUGAAGGCUGUGCACUAAAUCGCACGGAAUCCAUCCUAACCACAUCAUAUAUAGACUCGUAAUCAUGUAGCCAUUAAGUAUCCGCGUCGUACAACUUGAUAAAAUGUUAAAUAAACCACUGUUUUUCCACGCUGUUCAUAAA